AUGAGUACUUUUGUCAUUAAUACUGUUGUCACCACUCCGUUCGAGGGUCAAAAGCUCGGGACUAGUGGCUUGAGAAAGCGCGUCAAAGUGUUUCAACAAGAACAUUAUACCGCCAACUUUGUUCAGGCCUCAUUGAAUGCCAUGCCGAGUCCCGGCAAGAAAGGCGCUACCUUGGUUGUUGGUGGUGAUGGAAGAUAUUAUACAAAAGAAGCUGCGCAAAUUAUUAUACGCGUUGCGGCUGGCAAUGGUGUUUCUAAAUUGAUAAUUGGACGAAAUGCGAUCUUAUCAACCCCUGCUGCAUCAAAUCUUAUUCGAAAACGUCAUGCUACCGGUGGCUUUCUUCUAACUGCCUCUCAUAAUCCAGGCGGCCCUGAUAAUGAUUUUGGUAUAAAGUUUAAUGUUAGCAAUGGUGGAUCAGCUCCCGAAAAAGUCACCGAUAGAAUAUACGAAUUAUCUAAGCAAAUAAAGGAAUAUCAUAUUGCUGGAUUGCCAGAGGUUGAUCUUUCAGAGCUUGGUACAAAGAGAUAUGGCGAGGAUUUUACAAUUGAAGUGGUCGACUCUGUGGAAGAUUAUGUACAAUUGGUCAAAGAAAUCUUUGAUUUCGAAUUGAUUAAACAAUUCUUUCAAAAAAAUCCAGAUUAUAAAGUUCUUUUUGAUAGUUUACAUGGAGUUACUGGACCAUAUGUUAAAAAAAUAUUCGUGGAAGAACUUGGACUUCCUUCGACUUCCAUUCAAAAUGCUAUACCUUUACCCGAUUUCGGUGGUAGUCAUCCUGAUCCUAAUCUUACAUACGCACGAUCUUUAGUAGACCGGGUAGAAAAAGAAAAUAUUAAUUUCGGAGCUGCUUCAGAUGGAGAUGGAGAUCGUAAUUUGAUAUAUGGCAAAAGUGUUUUCGUUAAUCCAUCUGAUUCCUUGGCUGUUAUCACUGCCAAUGCAGAGAUCAUUCCAUAUUUUAAGCGAACUGGGUUAAAAGGUGUUGCACGAAGUAUGCCAACAAGUGGAGCUGUCGAUUUGGUGGCAAAGAAAAAAGGAAUAGAAUGUUUUGAAACGCCAACUGGAUGGAAAUUCUUUGGUAAUCUUAUGGAUGCUGGUCGCAUUUCAAUAUGUGGUGAGGAAAGUUUUGGUACUGGAUCUGAUCACAUCCGAGAAAAAGAUGGUAUUUGGGCUGUUUUAGCUUGGCUCAACAUUAUCGCUAGUGCGAAUGAAAAGAAACCGGGAACUGGUAUUAAAGAAAUUCUUCUUGCACAUUUUAAUGAAUAUGGACGAAACUUUUUCGCAAGAUAUGAUUAUGAAGAAGUUGAAGAACAACAAGGCAAUAAUGUUAUCAACCAUUUAACAAAGUUGAUUAGCACUGAACGAGACUCAUUUAUUGGCAAAACAUAUGGAAAUUUCACUGUUAAAGAUGCCGAUAACUUUGAAUAUCACGAUCCAAUCGACGGUAGUAGUUCAAAGAAACAGGGAAUCCGAAUAUUCUUUGAAGAUGGUUCUCGAAUUGUUUCACGUCUCAGUGGUACAGGCAGUCACGGGGCAACUGUACGUUUAUACGUUGAGAAAUAUUCAAAAGACCCCUUAGAAUAUGAAGCAGACACACAAAAGGCAUUAAAACCUUUGAUAGAUGUCGCAUUAGAAAUCUCGCAAAUACCAGCAUUUACUGGACGAAAUGAGCCAACCGUCAUCACUUAA